CCGGUAUGGCUUCCAAGCAGAAAUACACACGAUUAGAAUCAGAAAUUGAACGCUAUCGUUCAGAAGCUAAUUGGGCAAAAGCUGUUGAAACAGCCCAGUUCUUAGCUACAAAAAAUCAAGGCCUUGCAUUAUUUGUAAAUCUAAUUCUUGGAGAAAGUAAACUAGAGGAAUAUUUACUGGAAAAUGAACCAAUAGAAUCCAAUAUAACAAAAGCCAAAACACAGUUAGGUGAAGGAGAGACAUAUUUACAGUUUGUUACACAACAAGAUAAUAAGCAUUACGUGGAGGCCAGUUUACUUCAAGCUAAGAUCCAUUACUGCAAAGGACUUUAUCAGUCGGCCAUAGAUGUCUACAACAGAGUCAAAUUAGAUGAAAUAAAGGAAUCACAAGUCACCUCCAGUAGGUUAUUAUGUAUUCUGGCUGAGUCACAUGCUAUUAAAGGUUUAUGCUUAGAAAAGAUCGGUCCAAGUACAACAAGCAAAUUUAAACAGGUCGAUUUGGAAGACAGAAUAAUAGAAUGUUUUGAGAAAGCUGGAGACUUAGCCCUGUCUUAUUUACAAGAUGUGGAUAAUUCCUCUACUGACAUAGAGUUAGGAGUUAUACUGGAAACAGCUAUUCAACAAUCACCAUUAUUACAUAUGAAGAGGGGGGAUAUUAGUAAAGGCGUUGCUAGAUUGAGAGAUCUGUUAAGGACAAUUGAAUCCAGAUUCACACAAGGACUGAGAUUGACUUUGGCAAGACAACUGGCAGAGGUUUUACUAAGAGGAAUUAAUGAGAAGAAAUAUGUUCCAAUGGGCAUAGAGGAAAUCGCAAAGACAAAGCAUCAGAAAUAUAGAAAAUACUCAGGAGAAAAGUUAUUUGUGCCAGAAAAUGAGAAUGAAGAAUCUUUGCUGUUAUUAUUGAUAGCUGAAGCUAUAGCCACAAGAGAGGCAGUUUUAAACAGAACAGAAGAAUAUCAUGAUGCCAGACUUCACAGCUUACAGAAUGCUACAGCUGUUUAUGAUCUUCUUGCAAUAGCUUUAGUAAAGAGAGCACAGUUUAACAAACUUUCUGAUUCAUUUGAGAGAGCUAUGAGAUUUUCGUUUGAAGAAUUCCACAUAUGGCAUCAGUUUGCCAAUUCCUUGCUUUGUGCCAGAAAGUACAACAGAGCAUUACUGGUGUUAAAAGAAUGUCUGAGAUUACAGCCUAAUAAUUGUGUGGUCCUCCUACAGGUUGCCAAACUUUGUUAUGAAUAUUUAUAUCAGUAUGAUACAGGUAUUGAACUUAUGGAGAAAGCUGUAGAAGAAAACACAGAUCAUUCACUCACAGCCAGAAUGUAUGUCGCUCUAGGUGUGGGAUACAGUUUAAAGGCUUUAGAAAUGAAACUGCAGGGAGAGAGACAGACACUUCACAAGAAAGCAUUAGAGGCAUUUGUUAGAGCACAUACACUGGAUCCUAAUGAUUAUUUAGCAUUGUUUCAUCUGGCAUUACAGCUUGCUAUACAUAGACAGAUAAAUGACGCCAUGAAAUAUGUUCGUCUGGCCUUGAGAUAUCAUAGCGACCACAUACAUUCCUUACAUCUGAUGGUAUUGUUACUGAGUGCACAGAAGCAGUAUGAGGAAGCUAUUUGUCUGAUGAGAGCUGCAUUGGAUGAAUAUCCUAACAAUCUCAGUUUAAUGUUAACCAAGUCCAAGCUGGAAGAGAUAGUAUAUGGACCAAAUCAGGCAUUAGAUACAUGUAAACAUAUGUUAAAGUUAUGGAAAGAUUUGUAUGAGACAGAUACCAGUGACUCUACAACAGAAUCUCGGAGUCGUAACUUGACAGCUACAGACAGAUCAGUUUUUGAUAAGAAGAGUUUUGCACAGUUACAGCUAACAGAAUUGAAUGACAGAGAUACAGGUUCAAUGAAAGCAGAGUCAGUAGCUGCCUCUCGUGUAGAGAGAACUUUAUCUGAGGUAGCAUCCUCAUAUAACAGUAACUUCCAACCCAGACCUGGUUCACAACAAACUUUGCAAAUACAGGCACAAAUAUGGCUUCAUUUAGCUGAACUGUAUUUAUCUGUAAACAAACUAUCAGAAGCUGAGGGAUGUGUAACAGAAACUUCAGUUAUCUUCCCUUUAUCUUAUCAUGUAGCAUAUAUAAAAGGAAGACUAAAUGAACACAAACAGAAAUAUGAAGAAGCUAGAGUUUGUUAUGAGAAUGCCUUAUCUAUAAAUCCUGGUCAUAGGAAGAGUCUGCAGCACUUGGGAAUGGUAUUGCACACAUUAGGAAAUGAUAGAAUGGCAGAGAAAGUUUUAAGAGAUGCUGUUAAUAUAGAUCCCAUUGCUCAUCAAUCAUGGUUUAACUUAGGACUUGUAUUAGAAAGUUUAGGACAUGCAGAACCAGCAAGUGAUUGUCAUUUGAAAGCUUUAGAAUUAGAGGCUACCAGUCCUAUAGUACCAUUUACUGUCAUUCCAAGAUUAUUACACUAACCACAGGUUAAAUGAAAACUUAUUACUCUUAGAUUCAGGUUUGAUAAUGACACUUCACUGGAAAUUUAAAUACUGAAUAUUAAUAAUGGUCAGAUUAUUGCAUCGUUACACAUUUAACAUUAUAUAGCUGUUGAUUAUGUCAUUUAUGAGGUCCUAAAAGGACUGAAAAGAUUUUACUCAUUGUGUAAAAUAGUUUUUAUAGUACAUUAUUUAUUUAUUUAUUGUAAUAAAAAACUUGAAAUCUGUUAAAUAUUGA